AUGGAAUACUCGUUGGCGACGUUCAAGCCGCUCUUGACGCAGCUGGUGCUGAGCGUGCCGCUGCCCAAGCCUCAGUCGGGAAAACUGCGCACGCCUGGUCCGCAGCUCUCGGAUGAGCAGAUGAUGGCACUGCUGGACCACCUCACCGACACGACCUUUACGUCGAACCUUGCACACAGCGCCGUCAUUGGGUCUGCGCUCACGGUGUUGCGUACGACAGGCACAGACAUGAAUCCGCUGGUGAUAGCGCAUGUGCGUAGGCGACUUGUGGAAAACGCCCAGCUGGUCGUGCCGCCGGUAUUGAAGCCAAGCGGCUAUUCCUAUACCGGAUUUGUCGACAUGGUUGGCACCGGCGGCGACGGACAGGACACGUUCAACGUCUCGACGACGGCGGUAUUUGUUGCGGGCGGUGUGGACGGCAUGCGUGUGUGUAAGCACGGCGGCAAGGCAUCGUCCUCCACGUCCGGCUCGUCCGACAUGCUCAUGGCGCUGGGCAUUCCCUUGCUCGAUGUGGACAUUUCUGCGCUUGGGCCCGUGCUUGAGGAGCUACCAUGCUCGUUUCUUUUUGCCCCUAAAGUGCACAGCACGCUGGCACCAUUAGCGCCGAUCCGCGCGUCGCUCGGGUUUCCUUCCUUAUUCAACCUCGCAGGGCCAUUGUCGAACCCAAUACAGCCCGCCCGCGGCGUGUACGGAGUCCAUAGCUCCGGGAUCGGCUUAAUCUAUGCGGAAGCGUUGCGCAUGAUCGGUAUGGAGCGAGUCUGGGUCGUGUGUGGCCAGGAAGGCCUUGACGAGAUCUCUCCGGCGGGCCCCACCGACGUGUGGGAACUGCGCGACGGAGAGAUUGACCACUUCAUCGUGUCGCCAGCCGACUUUGGUGUGCAGACACAUCCAUUGGCACAUGUGCGGUGCGGGACUGCGUCUGAAAAUGCAUCGGUCGUUGUGGCCAUGUUUGGUGGGCACGCAGUGGAGGACGUGCCGCUCGCGCAGCCGCUCGUCGUGGCGCCAGACGCACCUGGCGAACAACUCGCACCCAUCCCACAAAAUGUUAAUAUCGGUGCGAUUUACGACUACACAAUCAUCCAGGCCGCUGCACUCCUCCACGUCGCUGGGCGCGGCUCGCUCCCGGCGUGUGCAGAGCUCGCGCGCGCCUCCAUUGCAUCGCGGCGCGCACACGCCGCGCUUUCGCAGCUGCGCGUGGCCAUGACAACACUGGCGAAGUAA